AGGGUCAGAGGUUUUAAAAAACAAUGCCUUCAGUGUAUCCUCAGAGUCCACUGGGAGCAACAGAGAAGUGAACAGACGCACCGGUAUCGACAUCAUCGUCGUGGAAGCGAAGUAGAGAUGUUGGAGGUGUCGGGGUCGCAUGCAGCGCAUGAACAAAAUCGGACACCUCCCGGCAAGCAAAUACGGACCUGGAGGAGGACUCCGGAGGAUGAGAUGAAGAUGGGCAAGACCUGGGAUAAAGUCAGCUGGCUUGCCCAAGACCGCGAGGGCUGGAGGAGACUCAUUGGCGCCUUAUGCUCCACCUGGAGCGAAGAGGAUUAAGCUAAGUACGUAUAGCUCGUAUAUAUAGGCAGAAUGACAAAGUUGGCUUGCAUUUAUUCAUGUGGCUGAAGCUUUUCUCCAAAGCAACUACCAACUUUUCACCGGUUAGGGUAAGUACACUGGUAUAUAUUAGGUUAUUAGGGUAAGUAGGUUGCGCCAGAGUACUAGAGCUGAAGGUGGGACGCCAACCACCAACUUCUGGCUCCAAAGGCAACAGCUCUAACUAUGCUACCAAUGGUCCCUAUACACCCCCUCGCUCUCUCUCUCAUAUAUAUGUAUAAUAUAUAUGUGCGUGUGUGUGUGUUUAUUUAAAUGAAGACUCCCUGAAAUCGCUGUUUCGUGGCACAGACUCACUGAGCUGCACAGUUAGCUUGUCCGCGUUUACUGGGGCCAUUUUGUGAAGCCAGGAGAUGUAAAGACCUUGUCAGAGCCGUGUCGCAAGCCUACUUACGUCACAUUUUGUCACUUAACUUCACGGUUCUCUACUAAGUUAAACAGCACACCGCAUCGCUGUACCUCGCACCCGCCACCGACGUAGGGGAGCGCGUGCCCCCCCCUCACCAACGCCCAAACUCCACCCCCGUCGCGCAGUCCACGCGCCAAAGCGGUGAUGUCAACGCGAGCGAGCGAGCGAGCGAGAGAGAGACCGUGCGUUUCUCUCUAGAACCGCCGGGAAAGUGGCACGAGCUCCCCGCGGAAGGGGGGAGGCAGACUCGCUUUUCCGCGAUGAAAGCAUGAUCCUCUCCGCGCGCUGCCAUACAUAGAUAGAUAUAAUAUUCUCAAGCCGAAACAUCGGCGUCCUGCGUCUUUUCUUUCCAUUCCAUUCUUUUUGUGUCGGAAGUUACGUUGAGCAACAGGCGCGCUCCGUUCCUCCACCAGCUCCUCCGUCCCGGCGAAGGGGCCGCUUCGCAUUGCUGUCCACGGACGGAGAUGUCCCGUCUGAGCGCUGCCAACGGGAGCGCGCCCGCGGGCCGCGGUCCCGACUACGUGUGGGAGUACGAGUACUACGACGACGACGAGCCCGUGUCCUUCGAAGGACUCAAAGCUCAUAGAUUGAAUGUUUCCGAAGGAAAUACCCACCUGGAGUCACUGACUUACACAGAUUCGAUCGUGAUUGGCUUCUGGGUCGGCCUAGCGGUGUUUGUCAUCUUCAUGUUCUUCGUUCUGACGCUGCUGACGAAGACUGGAGCGCCGCAUCAGGAGAACCCAGAGCCCUGUGAAAAGCGCCCACGCCUGACUAGCUGCAUGGUGGACAUUGGCAUUAACAAAAACCUGGGCAAUAAGGUGUGCUCACAGCCCCUGAUUGAUGAAUCUCGCUCCAUUUUUCAAUGCUACAUCAACGAGAAGGAGCAGUGUGCAGGCAGGGUCAGCCAGGACGAGCAAGGGUGGCUAAGCAGCAGGAACUCUAGCAGCCUCCAAGUGGAGCAAACAGACCACAAAAAGGAAAAAGAUGCCAACUUCCUGUCACACUUCAAUAUUCCUAAUUUUGUGAACUCUGAGCACAGCUCCAUGCUGGAUGAUGACGACCUGUUGCUGUGUGAGCCGCCGCUCAUCGUGGACAGCGAGUCUCGGCCCAGUAUCUCUCGCAUCGUCAGCUGAAGCCCCUCCGUCGUCAUUCUGCAGCUCAGGCCCUUCAUACUUUCAAACUGAUCUCCUGUUCACGUAGUGUGCGCAUUCUUUCUACUGGAAAUUCAAAGAUAUUAACACCCAAAGUGUUCCUUUUAAUCUCCUCUGGUAAGUUGUCACUUGGUGAAAUAUUACCAGUAGAGAUGUACCAAAAUUUAAAUCUUAAAAGGACACAUGAACAAUAUAUCAAGUAUAGGUAAAUGAAUACAGGCUAUACUUGAUAUAUUGAGUGCCUUACUACUUAAGUCAAAUGUUUCCUAGCAACCACCUUUCUGGAGAUCUAAAACAAGACCCUACAGUCUACAAUGCAUCAUUAGAGAAGAGUGAACUUUUAACCUUAAAUUGAACAUUCACUUUCCACAAUAAUCAUUGUUACACGUAGUUAGUCCCUAAUUCACUACACCUUUUGCUGACUUGUGUCUGAUAUAGAAGCAGCCUCUCUGGAGUUCAAGGAACCCAUUCAUCAGCUACAGUGUCUGCCCCACAGCAAUGACCAUGAAUGCUUCCUCAUCCCAGUGAACUUGAUCAGCUAAAUGUGCUGCUCUCCUGCCCUCCGGAGUGUAGAUGACAUCAUUUGAGCCUGUGCCCUUCUAGGCACUUUAUUAAAGCAGCACACCGCAGUGUCGUGAUGUUCUUAGUGGAAAAGUCAUUUUUCAAAGACUGCUACAGAAGCCUGUAAAACACUUUUAAAGCCUUUCUAGAGCAUAAGCUACCUGCUCAAGAAACUUAGAAGUACACAAAAUACCUUCAUUUGUUUCAAACUACAGCAAUGAAAGUUGGGCGAUUCAAGGGGAGAAGACUAGGAAGUACCGGGGAGUCAACAUUGGAGUGAGCUAACAGGAGACAUGCAAGACAAUAAUGCUGUGCUGUGGCUGCUCCAGCCUUACUAAAAAAAAUACUGGUGAACAUAGUACAUAACAAGCAGAAAUAUAGAAAGGCCUCAAUUACAUUUCAAUGGGACCAGCUCAAAAUUUCCACUAGGCAGAAUAACUCACUGGCCCCCAGGGAAUCCUUUCCCAGAGCAGUACUCAAUCACUCUGAGAAAAGAUGUAGAAGGAAUUUAAGGAAAAGUACACAGCAGGUUUUUGUGAUCAAGUCUCAGAUUGCUGCUCAUGUAUCUGUGGGCAGCAGUUACCCACUUAAACAUUGUUCUACACUAAACUUUCUAUUAUAAGCGCACACCUACUGUAAAAUACCCACAUUACAUACGCAUUAAGAGCUGGUCCAAUACAACAUGACUUUUGGAUUUGAAAUGGAAAGAUAAACUAGUCCAAGUGUUGCAUUUUGUUUCUUGGUAUUUUUGCUUGUAACAUACAAUCAGAUCAGCAACUUUUGUUAAUACCCCAAUAUAAGAUGAGCCUAUAAAAUUCACGCUGCCCUGUGUAUCAUGCACAGUACAUGUAAUAACAGCCAUACUGUUUAUGCCACAAUCCUCUCAAGUUUUUGUAAUUUAAUUCAGGUCUCUAAAUGUAUAUACCAGUCAUGUGAUGUACUCUAACCUUGUAAGGAAAAAAUUAAACUGUCCAUCUGCAACAUUAAUAAAUGUGGCAAAACAUACA